UAAGGUAGUCGCUUCUUUUUUUCGGUAUACCGCUCUGCUCGCAGAGCGAAUGAACAUAAGUCUUUCCAAAUAUGAAGAGGAAAGUGAGAUUGUUGUCCGAUCUUUAUCGUCAAACCCCCAAAUGUGCAUCUUCGAGUCUUUCAUCCGAUCCCCAAUCUCCCAGUAUCAAUAUUUCGGCUGCUCAAGCCGGUACAGGUACAGAAGUGGCUACAACGGAGCAGCUUACCCCUGAGAUGGAUUUACCGAUUGAACUAGAUUUACCCGCCUUUUUCACCUUUUUUCUGAAUUAUUGAAUUGAAGUUAUAUAAAAAAUGAACUGACAAAGCGUCUGUUCACGGAGGUUGUUGUAGUUUUCGUAGUUGCAAGAAUUUUCUUCGAACAAUUGGGUUCGUGUUCAGUGUACCGCUCUUUUUAUAUAUGAAAUUCCAACUUUUUUUUUGAGCCCUUUUUCGUUUGUGCAUCUUUCUCCCAUGCUUUCCGUUGGUCAACAACCAACCAAAGUGCUCUAUACUUCUUCACUACUCGUACAGGCUUGACGGAGUUAAGCUGUAUUGAGGGAAUCGUUUUGUCUCAAUCAAUCAAGAAUGCCUCAACUGGAUAAAUUCACUUAUUUCACACAAUUCUUCUGGUCAUGCCUUUUCCUCUUUACUUUGUAUAUUGGUUCUAAGUUGAAUAUAGAAAGACGCCUUUCCUUGCUUUAUUUAAUAAAUCCUGCUUUUCAGGGGGUCGUUUUCUGGUUCAAGAUUCUUCUAUUUUUAUGUUUUGUCCUACGGACUGGGGUUCUCCUUUGGCACAACUUGUAUGGACUUCUUUGUCCACAGACCCUUUUUAAUGUGCUCCCCUCGGAGCUAAACCUUCUCCAUUACUAUCUAGGCCAGUCGCAUCAGGACCCGGAAUGGGUGGAAUAUGUACAUCAAGUACUAAGAACCACCCCCACCGUGUCUGCCAGCUAUGAAGUCCUGGUGCGAGACUUGCUUAAUACAGAGAUUUCCUUUUCCACUCGAGAGCAGAUUUGCUCUUUCUAUCAACUAAUUUUCUAUGGUCGAGAGGCUCCUCAAUUCUGGAUUGAUCCGCUGGACCUCGAGGCCAUAGUCAAAGGCCACCUCGAACCAAUCGAAUUUUCUCCUUCCGCUCUCGGGGAGGUCUUAAAAAGUCUCUGUACCGAGAGGCAUAAUUCUCCGUUCUAUGAAGAUGUUAAGACCGCUCAAGCAGACCAUUUCCAGGGCUUUUUAAAACAAAAGCAGCAAGCCCGAGUGGAAAUGCAAGAAAGGCUUAACUCUCAUACUGAAUGGGAAUUUCUCUCGAGAAGGAUGACCUCCUUAGCGGAAGAAAGCAGCGCUCUCCAAGAAAGAAUAAGCAUUCUCGCCAGAGGGGCCCCAUAAUAUACGCCUUUUUUGUUUUGCUAUCAAGCCAGUUCCGUUCUUCGUUCCGUCGUUCCUAUUUCUUGCUUUUUUUUCCGGUAUGCCGCUCCGCCAGCAAGGAGCGAAAGAACCAAGUUUUCUGUGGUGAUGUCAGAAUUUGCACCUAUUUGUAUCUAUUUAGUGAUCAGCCCGCUAGUUUCUUUGAUCCCACUCGGUCUUCCUUUUCUAGUUUCUUCCAAUAGUUCGACCUAUCCAGAAAAAUUGUCGGCCUACGAAUGUGGUUUCGAUCCUUCCGGUGAUGCCAGAAGUCGUUUUGAUAUAAGAUUUUAUCUUGUUUCCAUUUUAUUUAUUAUUCCUGAUCCGGAAGUAACCUUUUCCUUUCCUUGGGCAGUACCUCCCAACAAGAUUGAUCCAUUUGGAUCUUGGUCCAUGAUGGCCUUUUUAUUGAUUUUGACGAUUGGAUCUCUCUAUGAAUGGAAAAGGGGUGCUUCGGAUCGGGAGUAA